AAUAACAAUAUAUAUCGAUCAAUAGACGUUUAUCGAUGAUAGGGGGAAAAAAGGGUCAAUAAAAAGUUCAAUAGAAUAACAGUUUCUUCCAUCAUCGGUAGCCGGUGCUGAGGACAUUCUGGGCCGUGCAUGUCUUCUCUUGUCCUGUGCAUCCUGCUCUACUGGGGUUACUUCUCUAAAAAUACACUCUCAUGUGAUAUCAUGAAUGGCAUUCAAAAUACUACCAACACUUCAGCAUGGUUAGCAUCGCUGUGGCCCUCUGACGGGGCGCCUCAUUCGCAGUGUGAACUAUGGGUGGGAUUUAUUCUCUCGGAAAGCGAAGGGUUUUCUAAAAAUCACAGCGUGUAGCAGAAAAAAAAUGCUUUUUUUUUUUUUUUAGGGAGUAGACCUUAACCAGACUACACCAGGGUAAAAGUAGCCGAGGGACCCAUUAGGAGACGUGAAUGGAUUUGUCGGUCUGCGCUGUCAUCAGGGCUAAGAAUAUCUCCCACACCCUGCAUCCACUCUACCCUCCUGACAUGUCGGCCCCGUGGCAUAUUUAUCAUCACACUUCCAGUGAGCGGCACCAGCAUGAGCAGCUGCUGGACGCCUACUGUAUGUCGGUACUGUAGUGUUACUGGCCGCCAUGCCGUAGCUCAUGUAACAGGAAGUGAACCGUCUUGCUGAUCACCGCUAAUGAAUUCCGUCAGAAAAGGAUCGUUUGUUUUCCUGAGACACAAACAGGAGCCAGCUGCGUCUCCAUUUGCUUCGACGGCUUUCUCUGCAGACGAUGAUGUGGCAAAUGGCCAAAUAGACCAGAGGAGACCCCAGAAACUAAAGCGUGUUGAGACUAGCGGUGCGGUUAUUUAAAGACGGUGUGCACGCUGUGCCAAAACGUAAUCGCCUUGUGCUACUGUCUGGAAAAGAAGGAAAUUGAGGAAUGAUUCUAUUUACGUUCAGCUCUUUACUUUUUGGUUAUUUGCGUUCCUUAGUCCCGGGCUUGGAUCGCUCGUGAGAUUCAAGCAGCUCUCGCCUCGCACCAGGCUUGGUGGCCAAUUCUAACACGUCAAAAAUGUUUCAAGGUUCAGACGUGUCAGAUAAUCUAUGAUAGGAUUGAUUCCAUCGUGUUUAAAAUAGUAAGUACGUCCAUUGAGCCAGGAUGAACCAGUUAUCAGAGAAAUCCAAGAGAAGAGUGGAAAUGAAUUUAAGGCUCGAUACCCCAACAUUUAUUAAAGAGCAAUUGUAGUCAAAUUAGUUUUAUUUUCUUUAUUUUAGCAACAACAAUAAAAAAAACACCAGUAUAGAACCAGUUGAAUAAUUCAAUGUAUAUUCUGUAUGAUCAGUCAAAUGAGUUUUAUGCUCUUAUCAAUUUACUUGCUAUUAUUUCACAUUGUAUCAGAAAAAUAGUUACAUUUUUAUGUGUUUUUCUAUGCUAUAUACGUUUUUUGUUUGAAAUUUUCAGAGUCCUAUUUAUUUUUUUUUAUUGAUUUUGUGUUUCCUCACUACGCAUUUGUGUUAACCUCAGUUUAGCAUUGUUUAAAUUUUUGGCCGUUAUUUGACCUUUAUAAUUAUAAUAAUAAUAAUAAAUUGUAUUUCAAGUGCCUUUCAAAACACUCAAGGACACUGUACAGGUAAAAACAUAAAGUGGUAAAAGCAACAUCGUCAUAAUUUAUGAUAAUUUAUGUAGUUUGGCUAUGUCUGCUGUUUUUGUUGUAAUCUGUAUGUGUAUACUUCUUUUGUAAGAAAUGGCUCUACAAAUAAAGAUGAACGGAGUUAUUGAAGUGCAAAUGAGCUCCCCCUGCCGGCCUGGAGGCCCUAAGCAGCCACCUGGUUUGCAUUUCCAUCUGGCCGGCUCUGACUUGGAGUAACUCUCCCUGAAAGAAACCUAAAUAACCAGAAUGCUUCAUCACAGCUGUGGUAGUUGUUUUGUAUUCUCAAGCAGCUCUUCUGUUUCCCGUCGUCCUGCGUGAUUGUCUAAUAUCAGGCCCCUGGUCCACCAGAACAUCCUUUCAUCACAUCCUGGGUCGCCUUUCGACAGAUCGCUGUGUGUGUGCAGGGAGGGGAGGGGUUGCAAAUGACAGAGAUGCGCCCCCCACCCCCUCUCCUCCCCUCUUCCUCUGCUACGCUGCUCUCCAAGCAUCCCAUUCAGACUGCGCGCAUCAGCCGACAGCGGCGCGGCUUAUCGCGAUGUCUCCCCGGCGCGACAGCUCCCUCCAUCUGAUGUGAAACACCGACCCCAUCCCACGAAAGGCAGGCUGCUUUCUGCUCGGUUCUUCUGGACCGGGUCAGCUGGUAGAAUGCGUCCUCGUCCUGUCGAUGCCGUGCGCGUCUCUCUCUCCCUCUCCCUUCUCCUCGCAGUGUUUCUGCACCGCGUCUCCGCCGCCGGCUCUGGAGACGCCGUUUCUGACGGAGAACAGAAUCAGAGCAGACAGAGGAGGGUCCUCGAACACGUCCAGAGUUAUGAGAUUACCUCUCCUGUGUGGCUGGAUCCUCUUAGGCUCAUCAGAUCUGCCAGCAAAGAGCAUCCGGCAGAGGUCCAGGUUCUGAUCUCAGCCGAGGGCCAGCAGCUAAGAAUACACCUUGAAAAGAAUGAACAACUGCUGGCCCCUGGGUAUCAGGAAAUCUGGUACACCCCUGAUGGAGCUCGCCGGUCUGCUUCUCCCCCCGCCAGCUCUGCAAAUUGUUUCUACCAUGGCGAGGUUGUUGGCAUGGAAGGUUCCAGCGUCGCUGUCAGCACCUGUUCAGGGCUCAGGGGACUGAUUUCCCUGAACACGAGCGUUAGCUACCUCAUAGAGCCUCUUCCUGGUUCCACGGACGCUGGGCAGCACGCCGUGUUCAGAGCCGAGAGUCUCCAUCUGCCCGAUGGAAGCUGCACGCAUCACCGUGGCAACGAGGAGCAUCAGGGCGGGCUCGGCGACUUCAUCCGAGGAGCGGCGUGGCCACGGAGUGGGAGGGAGAAAAGGGAAGUGAUGCAGAAUAUGAAGUAUGUGGAGCUGCUGCUGGUUGCAGACAGGGCUGAGUUUGAGAGACACGAAAUGAGUUUUCACAAGACGCAGCAUUGGCUACUGGAAGCGGCCAACUUGGUCGACAAGUACUACAAGGCUUCUUUGAAUAUCCGCGUGGCUUUAAUCGGGCUGGAGGUGUGGACCGACCAGGACAAGAUCAACGUGUCCAGUAACCCACACAGCACCCUGGCGGCGUUUCUGUCCUGGAGACGGAAAAUGCUCAAGACUCUCCCCAACGACAACGCUCAGCUUGUCACGGGCGUGGCAUUCAAGGGCAGUACCAUUGGCCUGGCGCCGCUCAAAACCAUGUGCUCCGAAUACCAAUCGGGUGGCGUGAACACGGACCACUCGCCACAGCCUGUCGGGGUCGCCGCCACCAUCGCACACGAGAUGGGCCACAACUUUGGCAUGAACCACGACAGAGAGGGCUGCUGCCAGGCCAAAGCGGAAGACGGUGGCUGCAUCAUGGCCGCCGCCACUGGGGCUCCGUUUCCCAGCGUCUUUAACGAUUGCAACCUGAAGGAGCUGAAGAGGUACCUGAGCUCCGGAGGAGGCAAGUGUCUCUUCAACCUGCCGAACAUCAACUCGCUGUACGGAGGGCAGCGCUGCGGCAACGGUUACCUGGAGCAAGGAGAGGAGUGUGACUGCGGAGAGGAGGAGGAAUGCACCACUCCCUGCUGUAACGCCAACAACUGCACCCUGAAGGCCGGAGCCGAGUGCGCCCACGGAGUCUGCUGCCAUAACUGCAAGAUAAAGAGCCCAGGAGAGCUGUGCCGGGCCACCUCCGGGCUCUGUGAUCUGCCAGAGUACUGUGACGGAAAGUCGGAGUCGUGUCCCUCCAACUUCUACCUGGCGGACGGCUCGUCGUGCGCCCACGGGCGGGCCUACUGCUACACGGGCAUGUGUCUCUCCCUGGAGCAGCAGUGUCAGUCUCUCUGGGGACAAGACGCUCGCCCAGCCCCCGACCUGUGUUUCAUAGAGGUGAAUAAAGCGGGCGACAUGUUCGGCAACUGUGGCAAAAACCAAGAAGGAAAAUACAGGACCUGUGGAAGCAGGGAUGCCAAAUGCGGUAAAAUCCAGUGCUCCGCCUCAGCCUCCAAGCCCAUCGAGACCAACGCGGUGCGCAUAGAGACCACGGUGAAAAUGAACAGCAAGAGGACCGUGUGCCUGGGGACGCACGUGUACAGGCGCGGCCAAGUGGACGAGGAGCCGCAGGGGGACACUCUGGACCCGGGCCUGGUCAUGACGGGAACCAAGUGCGGCGACAACUCUAUCUGCUUUAAUGGAGAGUGCCGCAACGCAUCGUUUCUGAGGGCGGAUGAGUGCAACGCCAAAUGCCACGGACACGGACUGUGCAACAACAACCAGAACUGCCACUGCGAGCCAGGCUGGGCUCCUCCCUGGUGCAACCAGAGUGGGUCAGGGGGAAGUGUGGACAGCGGACCCCCCAAGAGUCCAGGUAUUCCACUUCCAGUGCUGCUCCUCCUGGCUCUGUUUGUGGUUCUGGCUACUUUUGGACUUUGGUUCUGCUACAAACACAGACUCGGCCCGCUGAAAGGCUUUCCUCCUCCACCAGUGCCAAAAUGUUCAGAAACGGAUGAAAGCAAACCUAUGGAGACUGAGCCUCAGGUCGUCGGCCACAUCAACCGCACUUUCCGUGCGACGAAGCAGGAUGCGUCUACACCUCAUCCCAGCCCGUCGUGCCCCGCUCGGCCCAGACAGGCAAUAGUGCGUCCAGCGGAUAAGCCUCCUCCCGUCCCCGCCUGCGCAGCCGACCACAAAGAAAUCAGGAAGAAGCCGCCGGCCCCCUUCCCGCCGGUCGCCUGUCCUCCUCAGAAGCAGACGGCUCCUCAGGGAUACCUGCCUCUCUGUAAGGCAGCUCAGAGCACCGGACAGAGACCGAGCCCCGUGUCUCCAACGCUUCCAGUCCCUCCAUCUUUACCCUCGCAGGACCCCAAAAGGCCGCUGCGACCAGACCCCCCGAAGAGACCUCCGCCACCCUGUCCAGUCAGCAGGCAGAGUGCGGAACAACACAAUGGUAAUGGGAAGAGGCUUCGGCCUGCAAAUAAAGUGAUGCUGCGAGGAAGUGAAGCUUUGGCUCCAUCUGCUGGUCAGAAAAUGCCAAACAGAGUUUAGACGAGAAGCUCAGGAAGGCACUGGGACCACCUCUUACAUCCAGAACUGGACUGCCUUGCACUGUGGAUUAUGUUUUAAGUCUAAGAUUCAGGCCUCACUGACAAUUUGACAACUCACACGUCUUGAUUUGUCCACAUGAAAUCGCCGGAGCUGUGAAUUUUCUUUUAUUUUUAACUUUAAUGCGCUUGAUGUGGAUGGACAAUUUUUUUUAGAGCUAUUUAUUC